AUGCUCUCGGCGCAGUGGUUGGCCUGUCUGUGUGUGGGUUGUGUCGGUUUCGUUUUCGGAGCUCCUUUGGGCUUCGUUUUAAUGAGACAAGGACAAGGGCCGCGCGCGUGAGCCUCGGCAACUUUUCGCCAAGAUUUUCCGCCACCGGUGAUUGUCGGGCGCGGUGGUCUCCAAGAAAAGACAAAUGGCUUCUUUACUGA